AUGACUCAAAUCCUCCGCGGUUACGAACUCCGUCUCCUCCGCUGCACACUUACACCGCCGCCGUCCGACUCCCCUUCUCCUUCGCCACCGUCCGAUCCUAACAACCUUCACUCCCACGUCAAUUUCCUCCUCAAUUGUAUCCAAUCAGGAAAUUACCUCCAAGCUCUCUCCUCUGACUCUGCUGAACUCGUCACUGCGUCAACACAACUUGACUCAACUAAGUCACCCGACCGAGUUUACUCUGAUUUGAUGGAGCGAGUUGAGCAGUUUAUAAGGGAUGGGGGUGGUGGCGAUGAAGAAAAUGGUUGCAGGGUUCUUCUGGUCAUUUGUGUUGCUAUUGCUGCGUUCUUUUGCUUCAUUCAGUGUAACAUUACAGGGCCAGUGAGUGAGAUACCUGAAUGCCCUUUGCCGUUGAAAGUUGAAGAAUCUAAAGAAUGGGAUAAUUGGGCACGAAAUCAGCUUAUAUCAGAUGGAGCACAUUUGCUUGGGAAGUUCUCUUGUCUUCAGUAUAUAGUUUUUGCUAAAAUGUUGGUCAUGAGGACAAAAGAUUUGUUAUUUGAAGGAAGCAUCUCUUCGGCAUAUGGGAUCAGAAGCAUUUCAUGGUGGCUGGCUAGGGUCUUGCUUAUUGAACAAAGGAUUUUGGAUGAGCUAUCUUCUUCGUUAUUUGAUUUAUUGCAAGUGUCUAUGGGUGAAACUCUACGUCAUUUUGGCACCUUGGAACAAGUAACGAGUUACUGGGGUGAUGAGUUGCGGAAUGAAGAAGUGGCUGAUAUUACCUCGACAGUCCACUUGGAAGCAGGAAUAAUGGAACAGACCUAUGGACGUGUUGAUUCAUGCAGACUGCAUCUUGAAUCAGCUGAAGUAGCAUCAGGGAUUCAGCUUUCCCUUACUGGGGUUCUUGGCUAUCGAACUGUGCAUCAGGUAGAACCAAAGCAACAAAGGGUACUUGUUGUGGAGAGAAGCUCAUCAGACUCUGGCGGUACCAGCUCCACAAUGAGCCCUGGCAUCAAGACACAUGAUUCUACAACUGCCAAGAAUGACCAGCACGAAAGAUCUCAAGCAUCUGAGAUUCAUAUGACACCAAUAUUAUUAGAGACUGGUGAUGUGUCUGGAAUUGGGGCACAAGACAAUCAAAAUGUUGCUCCUCAUGGUGCUGCCCCUUUAAAAGCAGUUCAACAGGCAGUGAUUCUGGCACGGUGUCUUUUGAUUGAAAUAAGCAGUCGACAUGAUGAGCUUCAGAGAUGGGAUAUGGCACCAUUCAUAGAGACCAUUGAUUCUCAGCCCUCGUCAUUCUUUACUGUUGAGGGCAUGCACAACACUUUGCCUGGAGUGGCACAAAGGAUUCCAUUUUGUUAUGUUGCCAAUAUACCUACUAUUCCUGCCCUACGAAAAGAACAUGGUGAACUUCUAAUUAGCUGUGGCUUGAUGGGAGAGGCAAUUACAAUCUUUGAGAGUUUAGAGUUAUGGGACAACUUAAUAUACUGCUACUGCUUACUGGAGAAAAAGGCAGCAGCUGUUCAACUCAUCAAGAAACGGCUGUCUGAAAUGCCCAACGACCCAAGGUUAUGGUGUUCAUUGGGCGAUGUUACAAAUGAUGAUAGCUGUUAUGAUAAAGCCAUUGAAGUUUCAAAUAAUAAGUCUGCACGGGCCAAGCGAUCUCUUGCUCGUAGCGCUUACAAUAGAGGAGACUAUGAAACAUCUAAAAUCAUGUGGGGGGCUGCACUGGCCCUGAAUUCUUUAUAUCCAGAUGGUUGGUUUGCUCUCGGUUCUGCUGCAUUGAAGGCUAGGGAUGUUGAUAAGGCACUGGUUGGGUUUACUAAAGCUGUUCAACUUGAUCCUGAAAACGGGGAGGCUUGGAAUAAUAUUGCUUGUUUACAUAUGAUAAGGAAGAGGAGCGAAGAGGCCUUCAUUGCAUUCAAUGAAGCCCUGAAGUUCAAACGAGACAGCUGGCAGAUGUGGGCACAAUACAGUCAUGUUGCCAUGGAUGUAGGCAAUAUUCGUAAGGAAUCAUUGGAUAUGUUUGUCUGUCAUUGGCACAAAUCUGUUUCAAAUGCUAGUGCUGUAGUGAAUGCUUUGGAAGCCGUACAGAUGGUUUUGCAUAUAACCAGUGGCAAAGUUACUGGUAAAGAAAUCGAUGCUGAUUUAUUAGAGAGAGUUAUGUUAGAAGUAGAAGAGCGGGCUUCAAGUAGACCUUUUACGUCCCCCAGCGUAUCGGAUGAUACUUUUCUUACCACUCAACCCUGCCCUGACGAUUCUCAUAAUGAUUCCAUAAACAAGUUAGAACAAAGAAUUGCAGUUGGAAGGUCACGGGAAACUGAGCAGCUGGUGGAGUUGUUCGGAAAAAUCCUACAACAGAUAGUUAAAAGAGUAAGUAGAGCAGAUAUUUGGGGCUUAUAUGCAAGGUGGCAAAAACUUAAAGGAGAUCUCACGAUGUGCUCUGAAGCCCUGUUGAAGCAAGUUAGAUUAUAUCAGGUUUCUUUUGGCGGUAGCCAAUCCCCACUACCCAAAGCUUAUGCUGCCAUUCUUCUGGUUUAUCAAUUCUUCUUCAUUUGCAUGGCAUCUGCAUCUGCAUCAAGGUCCAAUGCCUUUAUAGGAUCUGAUUUGUGGAAAGAUAGAGAUCGAUUUAAACUUUAUGCGCGUGCAUCAUUGGAACUGUGCAAGGUGUACAUGGAAAUUUCGUCCUCUACUGGUAGUCGUCGUGAACUCUCUACAGCUGAUAUGCACCUCAAAAACGUAGCUGAGAGCUUUUCGGACACAGAAGAAUUCAGGGAUCUUCAGGCUUGUCUUGAUGAAGUCAAGAAACAGCAAUCUGAUUCAAUGCCAACAUAA